AUGAGUUUCAAGAGUAAAAGUUUUGAGCUGCGCUGGGUCCUUAAGCGUGCUUCCUGUGGUGCAGAUGUCGACUACAACACCCUGAUCCACGAGAUGAGCGACCGCGUUGGAGUUUACCAUUUAAUCCUGGACGCCACGCUGACACCAAACCUAGACAACGCCAACAUGCCCCCUCCAAGAUACUCCCAAGUGGCUUGGUCGCCCCCCGGCCUGUUGCAUUUCGGCCGGUGUUUGCUGGCGACGCUGACGAACUACGGGUCCGCCAAGGUGGAGUACUCGUGCAACCGGCACUGGCGGCUGGUCAUCGACGUGUCGGAGAGCUGGACCGCGGUGUGCCGCCUGGGCUGGGAGAGCCGCGCCCUGUCGCAGGAGGAGCAGUACGAGGAGCUCUGCCGGCGAGAGGCGCAGCUGCGGAUCGUUGCGAUUGCCUGGAGCGGCCUCCGCGGCAAGGCCAACUCGGAGUACUGCCUGCUGGCCGCGGCGCACCGCGACGGCGUGGUGUCGCUGUGGCAGGUGCCCGUGGUGCGCUUGAGCGGCCCGGGCGGCCCGCUGGCCCCGGGCGAGGCGGACGCGGACGAGGAGGCUCUGUCCGCGGUCACGGCGGGGCUGGCCUUCACGCUGGAGACGGGCACGGCCUGCGCGCCGGGCAGACCCGUGAUCGCGCAGCUGCACUGGCUCUCCAUGGAGUCCGAGUACCUCCUCGUCGGCGACAGCAGCGGCCGCGUGCGGAUGUGGGACAUGGCACCCCUCGGCCAGGGUCAGGGCCAGGGCCAGGCGCCCGACGCCAUCGACGUGUACCCCACCGCGGACCGCAUCAAGGUGACCAGGCUGACGGACUGCAUGCUGCCCGACGGACGGCCCGAGCGCCUGGUCGUGGCCAUCAAGGGCAGCUUCCUGGUGGUGGCGCUCGUGGACGCGGACGGCAGCACCCUGGGCACGGCCGUCAAGGACUUCCAGCACGUGGCGCUGACUGGAGUGGUGGUGACCAAGCCGGGCUGCAUGGUGGUGAGCGCGAGGGAGGGCGCCUUCUACCUCGUGGAGUGCUCCGUGGUGGACGCGGGCCUGCGGACCGUCGUGACGCCCCUGCGCAGCUACCUCAGCUUCGCGCACAACUCGUGCUUCGGCCUGGCCGCCUCGCAGCACCGCAUGAUCUGGGUCGUCGCGUCAUCGGUGUCCAAAAUGUACGACCACUUGGUGGUGAAGCAGCCGACGCAGUUCCACUUCCUGACCAUCAGCAACCCGGCCGAGGCGGUGCCCAUGCUGGUGGAGAACGCCAGCAUGAAGCUCACGCGCCACUUGGACUGCCUUGAAAUCCUCAGGAUUCAGUGCCAGAAGAUGGGCCAGCGGCCUCCCAUGGACGUGAGCAUCGAGGACCUGGACCCGCUCACCAACUACCAGCUGCGCCUGUCGCUGUGGCUCGCCUCGGUGGCGCUCACCAUCAGCGCCGACAUGGAGGCCGAACACACGCGCCAGCUGGUGAGUCGCUCGUGCUCGCCAGAGUCGCCCUAG